ACUUUCCAGUGAGCUGGGUAGUGGCGAGUUUGGUGUGGUGAGGAGGGGAGUGUGGAGUGUGGGGAGAGAGGAGAGGGAGGUGGCUGUCAAGUCACUGGCAGAUGGCUCCACAGAGGAGAAACGUAUUCAGUUCCUGCAGGAGGCAGCCAUCAUGGGCCAGUUCAAACAUCCCAAUGUAAUCUCUCUCCAUGGGGUUCUUCUACACCGUGACCCAAUGAUGAUAGUAUUGGAGAUGAUGCACAUUGGUGAUCUUCGGGAGUACUUACACUCACUAAAGCCUUCGGACACCUCAGAGUCACUGGCAGCUCACACACCUGGACUGCUCAUGAGUUUCUGUCGCCACAUAGCCUCAGGGAUGGCCUACCUCUCAGGGAAAGGUUUUGUCCACAGAGACCUGGCUGCCAGAAAUAUUCUCGUGUCUAAAGGAUGAAGUCUGCAAAAUUGCUGACUUUGGCAUGUCUCGAGCUCUGAAAGACACUGACUACUAUGUCUCUCGUGGAGGGAAAAUCCCUGUGAAAUGGACAGCUCCAGAGGCUCUCCACUACAAGAGUACUCGACUGCCAGUGACGUGUGGAGCUUUGGAGUUCUCCUCUACGAGAUAUGGACAAUAGGCAUCAAGCCAUAUAGCACUAUAACAAACAAUGAGGUGUACCAGAAGGUUCUGUCAGGACAUCGUCUCCCUCCCCCACCUGGAUGUCCUAGAGCUGUCUAUCAGACCAUGAUCAACUGCUGGAACCCAGAGUCAGAUUCCAGACCCACUUUCCCUGAGAUUCAAGUGGAGCUCCAGCGUCCAGACUUCAAGUUGCUUACAUGGACGGCAGAGGAUGUGGCUGCCUACACUGAAGAGGCCAGAACACUGGGAGCUCCCCUGGAGGUUGGAAAUGAACUCUACAUUGACAUUCAAAAGACAUAUACUAUUGAAGAUCACCCCACACAGUUUUCAUCAUGAAAAUAUUUGAUGGCUUAUCAGUGAUGAUCAGCAGGGCUUAUAACUAUUAUAUGUGGUUCACUACCUGAAAUACAUGGUCUAAACUUUCGUAUAAUACUUGUGAGUAACUAUAUGUGGUGG